CUGUCGCUUAAUCUAUUGGUUAACUUAGAUAAUGCUUGAAUUGGUGGAUCAGUCACCACUAUAUCAUCUUUGUCAUCAUCAUCAUCUUCAUCAUCAUCUAAGUCUAUAUCUGCCAAUAGACUAUCCGGUAAACGACCUGGUGGAAGUUCAUGUACUUCUUCAUUAGGACCUGGAUGUAUCGGUGUUGGAGGAAUUGACAUUUCUACUGUGAAUUCAUCUAUCUACUUCUAUUUGAAUACUUAUAAAUUCAAAGUUUAAUAUUUCUAAAAUCUGGAGAUAGAAAAAUGCCAAAACAUCCAUGCCACUUCUUUAAUUAUUUUGUAAAUAUCGAAACCGAAAAAUUUAAAUACUGUUAAACCAUUAUACCAUUAUUAUACUGAUUCAACCAGCAUUAGUAUGUCGAAGCAAUAUCUUGUAAUAGAUAAUGGGUCGUAUAAUAUAAAGGCUGGAUUCAAUACAGGAGAAAAUAGUGAUAUACGUCCUAUAAAAGUUCAAAACGCUAUCACAAAAACCAAAGAUGGGUUAGUUCAUAUAGGAAAUGAAUAUUUAAAACAUUCAAAUAACUUAUCAGGUAUUCAAUUUAAACGACCUUAUGAACAGGGACAUUUAGUAUCAUGGGAGAAUGAAAAACCAAUAUGGGAUUAUACAUUCGAUCAAUUAAUCACCGCAAAUGCUGGUACCAGCAACAAAUCACAUAAAAAGAAACUGCAUCAUAAUAAAGAUCAAGAAUUUGAUCCUUCCAUUACUCAUCUAACAUUAACAGAAUCUCCGUUUCAAUUACCUCAACUAUCCUCUAAUACUGAUCAGAUAGUGUUUGAGGAAUAUGGUUUCAAUGAGUAUUAUAGAUGUAUCCCAGCAUCAUUGGUCCCUUUCGUUCCAUUCAAAGAUAAUAAUAAAUCCAGCAAUAACGAUUUUGUAUUGGUGAUAGAUUCUGGAUUCAAUUCCACUUGGAUUGUACCGAUGAUUUAUCAAACUAUUUAUUGGGAAGGAGUACGAAAAUUACCAAUCGGAGGGAAAUUAUUAAAUGGAUUAUUAAAAGAAUUGAUUUCAUUCCGACAUUAUGAUAUUAGUGACGAUCCAAUCUUAGUUAAUUAUAUUAAAGAACAAACGUUUGUUUUAACGGAUGAUUUUUCAAAAGCAUUACGAGAUAAACAAAAACUUCAAUGUGAAUUUGUAUUACCAGAUUUUAAAACUACUACAACUGGGUUUGUGAAGACUAAAAAUACUAAGAUAACACCUGAUACUCAAUUAUUGAAAUUAACUGAUGAAAGAUUCACUAUUCCUGAAGCAUAUUAUCAUCCUGAGAUUUUAUUUGAUAAUAAUGAGAUCAUUUCAAAUGCAGUUCUUCAAAGUGCUCCAUUAAAGAAUCUUACUGAUUUAGUAGUUGAAUCUAUAAUGGCAUGUCCCGAAAUCACUAGACCUUUAUUACUGGCUAAUAUUAGUGUAGUGGGUGGAUCAGUUAAUUUAAAGAAUUUUGAGCAUAGAUUAUUAUCAGAACUUAGAAGAGAAUUGCCUCUGAAUUGGUUUGUAAGAAUAAGAGAAGAUAAAGGAUUUGAAAAAGAUGAAAUGAGUUGGUUAGGUGGAAUAAAUCUUACUAAUAAUGAUGUAUUAGAUAAUAUUAGUGUAUCAAAACAAGAAUAUUUCGAGCAUGGAGCAAAUUGGUGUCAGAAACAAUUUGGAUUUAAAAAUUUAUCAUAGACU